AUGGCCUUUGAUGAGCUCCUGGAUCAAGCUGGAACUCUGGGAAGAUUCCAGAUCCUUCAGAUUGCUUUCUUUUUUGUUGCCAACAUGAUAGCAUACCCUCAUCUUCUGCUGGAGAACUUCACUGCAGCCAUCCCUGAGCAUCGCUGCUGGGUCCCUCUCCUUGACAAUCACACUGUCUCCCACAAUGACACUGGCAUCCUCAGCCAGGAUGAUCUCCUGAGAGUCUCCAUCCCCCUGGACUCAAACCUGAAGCCAGAGAAGUGUCAUCGCUUUAUCCAUCCCCAGUGGCAGCUCCUUCACCUGAAUGGGACCCUCUCAAACAUAAGUGAGUCAGACACAGAGCCCUGUGUGGAUGGCUGGGUGUAUGACCAAAGCUACUUCCUCUCCACCAUCGUGACUAAGUGGAAUCUAGUAUGUGAAUCUCGGUCGUUAAAGUCAGUGGUUCAAACGCUCUUUAUGAGUGGGUCACUACUGGGAGGUCUAAUAUUUGGUCGUCUUUCAGACAGGUAUGGCCGGAAGGGAAUAUACACGUGGUGCCUCCUCCAGACAGCCCUCGCUGACACCUGUGCCAUCUUUGCUCCCAGCAUCCUCACUUUCUGUAUACUGCGCUUCUUGGCUGGAUUAACUACCAUAAAUAUUAUGGCAAACUCUUUCAACCUAGUAUCUGAAUGGACAGGGCCCAAAUCACAGUAUAUAGGUGUAACGCUGAUCCUGUGUUCCUACAGCGUUGGGCAGAUGCUCCUAGGAGGACUGGCUUUUGCCAUUCGAGACUGGUACACGCUACAUCUGGCUAUGUCUCUACCUUUGUUUGUCCUCGCAUUACUGUCCAGGUGGCUGGUGGAGUCGGCUCGGUGGCUGAUUACCACCAAUCAGCUGGAGGAGGGUGUGAAAGCACUUAAAAGGGCGGCACACUUAAACGGAAAAAAGAACGCUGGAGAGAUCUUGACCAUUGAGUUUGUGAGAUCCACCAUGAAGGAAGAGCUGGAUAGAACCCGGACCAAAACCUCCAUUAUGGAGCUGCUCCGUGCACCCAAACUACGCUUCAGAAUCUGCUGCCUGGGCUUUGUAAGACUGGGAGCCACUGUACCCUUUAUGGGCCUGAUCCUCAACCUGCAGGACUUGGGGAGCAGUAUCUUCAUGUUCCAGGUUCUCUUUGGAGCUGUCACACUCAUAUCCAGAUGUUCUGACCAUUUGAUAAUGAAACACUUGGAUCGUCGCAUAAAUCAGUCAUUGUUUUACUUCCUGGUAGGACUUUGCAUUCUGCUCAACACCUUUUUGUUCCAAGAAAUGCAAACUCUGCGUGUGGUGUUAGCUGCCUUGGGAAUCGGUGUUACUUCUGCUGGCAAUGCUACUUUUUUUGUCCACACUAUGGAGCUCAUCCCUACAGUGUUCAGGUCAACGGUUUCUGGAAUCAACAAUGUGUUCGCUAGAAUGGGAGCAGUCCUGGCUCCGCUCCUAAUGACUCUAAUCGUGUAUUCUCCCCACCUGCCCUGGAUCAUGUAUGGAGUAUUCCCCAUUCUUUCUGGACUACUUGUCUUCUGCCUUCCGGAAACCAAGAAUCAGCCUCUUCCUAACACCAUUGAGGAUGUGGAAAAUGGGUAA